UGCUGCUGUUGACGUUCUUUAAAAUCUUCCGGACAAUCUUGCCCUCACUGAUCUCACCCAAAAUUGUCUCACUCGCAAGUUUUCUCUAGAUACUAUUCGCCAAGGUGCUUCUCAAUCCCCCAAUUUCAGUAGCCCUUGUCCUGAUGAGUUGCCACAUGAGAUUCUGCGACUCAUACUUGACCACCCCGAAUGCUCCAUUCUUGUUCCGCGUGUGUAUAACGAAGCUUUGUUGGAUGGUGUCUUUCUCUCUACUUGGAUGUCUACCUGCGUGUAUCUUCUCCCGAAGAAAGGCGACUUUACUUCUCUUCGGAAUUGGUGACCCAUCGCACUUAUUAACACAGACGCUAAGGUCUUCAUUCGUCUUCUUAACUCUUGUUUGAUCCCUGCUGUUACUCUUCUUCUUACUCCCUACCAAACUGGCUUUGUUCAAGGACGAUUUAUUGCUGAUAAUGGGAUGCUCACCCGGAUGGUCAUGGCUCAGGCUCCCCAGGAAAGCUCGACUGGUCUGGGUCUUCUUCUUAAUCAGGAGAAGGCGUAUGGCCGAGUCCACCUGGACUACUUGCGCCGAGCUCUUAAUCGUUUUCGCUUUCCUUCGUCUAUAAUAACUUGUAUCACAAAAUUGGUUUUCUCUAUACAAAUUCAGAUCAACGUUAAUGGCUUCUUCUCU